GUUGUUGGUUGGGUGGAUAUGAACAGCAGACUAGGUGAGAGAUAACGGUAUCCUGAAAUAUGGGGGUAGUAAUGAAGAGAAGGGGAUGGAUUUGGGAGAUAACUGGUGAGUAAAAUGGACAGGACUUGGUGAUAGACUGGGUACGGGGGUGAAGGGAGAAGGAGCCAAGGAUGAUUUCUUUUGAUUCCGACUUACAUAAAUGGAUUGGACAAUGAAGCCGCUGACAGAGGCCAGAGCAGCAGGUUAGGCCAUUCAGUUAUGAUAGUUUUUCUUUGGACCACAAGUACACUGUCCUUUCAAUGUGCCAUUAAAAGGCAGACUGAUUACAGGGUCUUUCCAUUUGUAACAAAACUCUCCAUUUUCAUUACAACAUUUUUACAAGCAAUUAUGCUUCCUACGUUGCAUUAAAAUUGUCAUGGUCAAAUUUUCACCCAUUUUCUCUAAAGGUGAAAUGAAUUAAGUCAUAACAUUUGGAAGUGGAUGAUGUUUGCUAUAAUAGGGCAAUGAAAGUUCAACAGUCCUCUUCUUUAAAGAUACCAGCGUCCUAUAGGAUUGCUAAAACGGUUCAGGAGCAUCCUAUUAUGUUCCAUCACAAGAAGUAAGCUGUGAUAGAUAUUCAUUCCUGAAGAUAGGCAGUGAAUGGAAAAAUUACUUGUACAUUUUGUAUUUAUGAUUUUCUAAAUACUACUUAACCUUUUAAAGUUUAUAAUAUUGCCCUAUGUCUUCCUCCCAGGUCUUAGAAGAAUCCCAGAAAAGAAUUGAACUGGUUUAACAGAUACUGUGAUUCUACUCUAUUCUGUUUAUUUCCUUCAACUUCAUUUGUAGAAUUUCUAAUGCUAAAACGCUUCUUUCAGAAAUCAAGAUAAAUAGGAAAACAUAUUAACAGUUCGAAUGUUACUAGCCACAGGAAAUGCUGAUUUAAAAAAACACUAAAUUGGGUAAGUCAGCUGGUGAGAGCGUCAUCCGGAUACACCGAGGUUGCGGUUGGGUCAACCAAUGAAUGCACAGAGGGUUGCAACAACAAAAUCGAUGUUCCUCUUGCCCUCUCUCUCUUCCUCUCUCGCUCAAACAAAACAAAACAAAACAAAAACUAAUCUAUUGCUCCAACAAAUAAUGCUGGUCAUUCGGUCUCUUAUUUCAGAUUCUCCAGAAACUUCCCACUUAACCUCAGCAAAAGAGACAUCGUUUUGCUGCCGGGUCCGGCCCAUCACCGAACUGCAGGUAUUUCAGCUGUCCAAAGACAACUUCAUACCUGUAUAAUGUAACAGAAAAAGUCAAAAAAGACAUUAGGCAAAUAGAACUGUGGAGCAUAUUCAAGCAAGAUGAACGUCUCUGGAAGCAGUUGUGGAAGCCCUAGUUCUGCAGAGAUAUCUAAUGACUUUAAGGAUCUGUGGACAAAACUAAAGGAGUGUCACGAUAAAGAAGUACAAGGUUUACAAGUAAAAGUAACCAAACUGAAAAAGGAACGAAUUUUAGAUGCACAAAGACUUGAAGAAUUCUUCACCAAAAAUCAGCAGCUGAGAGAGCAACAGAAAGUUCUUCAUGAAACCAUUAAAGUUUUAGAAGAUCGAUUAAGAGCAGGAUUAUGUGAUCGCUGUGCAGUAACUGAAGAACACAUGCGAAAAAAACAGCAAGAAUUUGAAAAUAUCCGGCAGCAGAAUCUUAAACUUAUCACAGAGCUUAUGAAUGAAAAGAAUACUCUACAGGAAGAAAAUAAAAAGCUUUCUGAACAACUGCAGCAGAAAAUUGAGAAUGAUCAACAGCAUCAAGCAGCUGAGCUUGAAUCUGAGGAAAAUGUUAUUCCAGAUUCACCGAUAACGGCCUUUUCAUUUUCUGGCAUUAAUCGGCUACGAAGAAGGGAGAACCUCCAUGUCCGAUACAUAGAACAAACACAUACUAAACCGGAGCUCUCUGUGUGUACAAAUGAAUUGAGAAAAGUUCCAAAAUCUUCAACUCAUCUACAACAUAAGCCUAAUGAAAAUGAAAUUCUAGUGGCUGACACUUGUGAUCAAAGUCAAUCUCCAGUGGCUAAAACACGUGGAACAAGUAGUUAUCCCACUGAUAAGUCAUCUUUUAAUUUAGCUACAAUUGUUGCCGAGACACUUGGACUUAGUGUUCCAGAAGAAUCUGAAUCUCACAGUCCCAUGAGCCCUGCUGGUGAUGAGCUCUACCACUGUCUGGAAGGAGAUCACAAGAAACAACCUUUAGAGGAAUCUACAAGAAAUAAUAAAGAUAGUUUAAGAUUUUCAGAUCCUAAUUCAAAGACUCCUCCUCAAGAAGAACUGACUACUCGGGUAUCAUCUCCUGUGUUCGGAGCUACCUCUAAUGUGAAAAGUAGUUUUGGUUUGAAUACAAGUUUGUCCCCUUCUCUUUUGGAGACUGGGAAAAAAAGCCAUCUGAAAACAGCACCUUUUAGCAGCACUUCUAAUUCUAGAUUAGAGAAAACUAGAUCAAAAUCUGAAGAUAGUUCCCUUUUCACACAUCCUAAUCUUGGGUCUGAAGGGAACAAGAUUGGCCAAUCUUCUAAUAAACAGAUGCUUAUAAAUAAAAAUAUAAGUGAAUCCAUAAGUGAACAGGAUAAUAUUGAUCAUAUUAAAAAUGCUAUUGCUGAUAAACAUGUGGUGCCCCUGAAAUCAUUGGGAUGUAAAACAUCCAAAAGGAAGAAAAUUGAGGAAGAAAGUGAAGAUGAAGCAAGCUGCCCCCAAGCCUCUUUUGAUAAAGAAAAUGCUUUUCCUUUUCCACUGGAUAGUCAUUCUUCUAUGAAUGGAGACUAUGUGAUGGAUAAACCUCUGGAUCUCUCUGAUCGAUUUUCAGCUAUUCAGUGUCAAGAGAAGAGCCAAGGAAGUGAGACCUCUAAAAUCAAAUUCAGACAGGUGACACUCUAUGAGGCUUUGAAGCCCAUUUCAAAGGGUUCUUCCUCAAGCCGAAAGUUUUUGAGUGGUAGCUUUGUGCCAGCCAAAGAUCCUCCAGAGGAUCCCCGUUUACAGGAGUAUGUCCUUCAGCCCCUGAUUAAAUCCUCUCCAGAUAACAAAACACCAUUACAAAUAAAAGAAGAAAAUCCUAUCUUUAAAAUCCCUCUACAUCCACGUGAAAGUUUGGAAACAGAGAAUCUUUUUGAUGAUGUGAAGGGUACUGGUUCUCAUGAACCAGUAAGAAUAAAAACCAGGUCAGUUCAUGGAGAAUGUGAACUUGCAUCAGUUCUUCAGUUAAAUCCAUGUAGAAUCGCUAAAACAAAACCUCUACAAAACAAUCAAGAUGUAUUCUGUGAAAAUAUCCAGUGGAGUAUAGAUCCAGGAGCAGACCUUUCUCAAUAUAAAAUGGAUAUUACUGUAAUAGAUACAAAGGAUGGCAGUCAAUCACGAUUAGCAGGAGGAGAGACAGUGGACACGGACUGUACGUUGGUCAGUGAAACUAUGCUUUUAAAGAAGAAGCAAGAGCAGAAGGGAGGAAAAAGUCCAAGUGGAGAAAGAAAAAUGAAUGAUAGUUUGGAAGAUAUGUUUGAUCGGACAACACAUGAAGAAUAUGAGUCCUGUUUGGCAGAUAGCUACCCCCAAGUAGCAGAAGAGGAGGAAUUGUCAGCUACAACAAAGAAACCAAACACUCGUGGUGACAAACAAAAUAAAGUCACACAGAAAGCAUUUGUGGAGCCAUAUUUUAAAGAUGAUGAAAGAGAGACUAGCUUACAAAAUUUUCCUCAUAUUGAAGUGGUUCGGAAAAAAGAAGAGAGAAGAAAAUUGCAUGGACACACAUGUAAGGAAUGUGAAAUUUAUUAUGCAGACAUUCCAGCAGAAGAAAGAGAAAAGAAGUUGGCUUCCUGUUCAAGACACCGAUUUCGCUACAUUCCACCCAACACACCAGAGAAUUUCUGGGAAGUUGGUUUUCCUUCCACUCAGACUUGUAUGGAAAGAGGUUAUAUUAAGGAAGAUCUUGAUCCUUGUCCUCGUCCAAAAAGACGGCAGCCCUAUAAUGCAAUCUUUUCUACUAAAGGCAAAGAGCAGAAGACAUAGAUGUUGAAGCAAAAACAUGAUAGAGAACAAUUUUUUUCUUUCUAGUUAUUUAUAGCUAAUGUUGGUAUUAAACACUGAUUUUUUUAAAUCUUCUGUAAGCUGAUUUAUAAAUCAUUUUCUAUUAAAAAUAUUUUUAAAAUGGCAUUUACCUACCACACAACUACUAAAAAUGUGGGUAAGUUUAUAUUGUGUUUUCUUGCUUUUGCACCUCUAAACAAUAAGGUGCUUUAAUUUUGCACUCUAAGUUAAGAAUUGUUUAUUUACUUUGUUUGGCAUACCCAAUUACAGUUUUGAAAAUAU